AGGGACCGGCCGAGGGACAGGGAGAGGGAGCGCGAGCGAGGGUGGAGGGACCGCGACUUUACGGCCGUCGUCGGCGAGCGGCGCGACCACGGUCGUGAGCGCGACAACGACCGCGACCGCGACCGGGCGCGCGAGUACGGCCGCGACCGCGACCGCGACCGCCGCCGCAGCUCGCGCGAGCGCUCGCGCCCUCACGACGUCGAUCGCGCCCCGGGCCGCACGCGCAGCCCUCGCAGCCGCAGCCGCAGCCCUCGCAGUCGGGACCGCAGCGUCCCGGCCCGCGGCAUGGACCCUCGCUCGCGCGACGAGCCGGCGACGCCUCGAGGCGACGAGCGCGUCCUCGCCGCCGAGGCGCCGUCUGCGCCGCCGACGCCUGCACCCGACUCGACCUCUGCCGGCGCGCCCGCCGUGCCCGCCGUGCCCGCCGCGCCGACCGAGCUGUACGAGCGGCUCGUCCAAGUCGGCGAGGGCACGUACGGCAAGGUGUACAAGGCGCGCAACGUCGAGACGGGCGGGCUCGUCGCGCUCAAGCGCAUCCGCAUGGAGGCCGAGAAGGACGGGUUCCCCGUCACGGCCGUGCGCGAGAUCAAGCUCUUGCAGAGCCUGCGGCACCCGAACGUCGUGUCGCUGUUCGAGAUGCUCGUGUCCAAAGGUCACGUCUACAUGGUGUUCGACUACCUCGACCACGACCUGACGGGCGUGCUGCACCACCCGACGAUCGCGUUCUCGCCGGCGCACCUCAAGUCGCUCAUGAAGCAGUUCCUCGAAGGGCUCGGCUUCAUCCACCGCCGCGGCGUCCUCCACCGCGACCUCAAAGGGUCCAACAUCCUCCUGAGCCGCAACGGCGUCCUCAAGAUUGCCGACUUUGGCCUCGCGCGCUUCUACCAGCGAGGGCGCAAGGCCGACUACACGAACCGCGUCAUCACGCAGUGGUACAAGCCGCCCGAGCUCCUGUUCGGCGCGACCGUGUACGACGAGCGCGUCGACAUGUGGAGCGCAGGCUGCAUCUUCCUCGAGCUCUUCCUGCGUCGCCCCGUCUUCCCCGGCCAGGACGAGAUCCACCAGCUCGACGUCAUCUUCAAGCUGACGGGCACGCCGAGCGUCGAGACGUGGCCCGACUUGCACGACCUGCCGUGGUACGAGCUCGUCAAGCCCAAGGACGCCGUCGAGUCGCAGCUGCGCCCGACUUUCUCCAAGUACCUGUCUCCGGCCGGCCUCGACCUCGCCGACGCCCUGCUCGCGCUCAACCCGGCCAUGCGCCCGACCGCCGACGAGGCGCUCCGCAUGGCCUACUUUACGACCGAGGAGCCCAAGCCCGAGAUGCCCACCAUGCUCGCCGACGUCAAGGGAGAGUGGCACGAGUACGAGUCGAAGCGUGCCCGCAAGCGCCAGCGAGAAGAGAACCUCGCCGACAGUGCCGGCCCGACUGCCUGAGCGGCCUCACUCAUCCCCUCCCUUCCCCUCUCCUCCCUCUCGCGCCCUCUCCCUCUUCCAUUAUCGCCUGUCCUCGCACUCGCACUGCAUCCUCUGUCCUGCCGCGACGUCGUCGUCCAUAGUACCCUCACGAGCCCCCUCGUUUCAAUGCAUCUGCAGCCGCAUGUUUUCCCAGCUC